AUGACUAAACAACGAAAGGUGGCGGUGAUCACGGCAGGCAACUCCGGCGUCGGGUGGCACACCGCCCACGAGCUCUACGUCCAGGGCUACGUGGUCUACCUAGCUGGUCGUUCCAAAAUGCGUUGUAUGAAGCUGAUCCACGAGAUCGAGACCGUGGCAGACAGCCUGGGCGGAGAGCUCCAUUUUCUCGAGUUGGACUUGGCUCUGUUGGACCUGGUGCUUGCGGCGGCUACGGCGCUCAAAUCCAUGGAAUCCCAUUUGGACGUGUUGGUCAACAACGCUGGGCUCCAGACAAACUACGUGCUGCAGUUUUUGCUCACCACAAAGCUCUUGCCGUUGCUUGAACGUGCCGCCGACAUGGACCCGGACGGUGACCCUCCCCGAGUGCUCUACCUCUCCUCCGUGGGCCACCGCUUGGCCUUCCGCUACUUCAACCUCGGCCUGACCUUCGACUACCACCCGGACGCCAUCUUCACGUGGUUCCGCUAUGCCAUGGCGAAAACCGCCGGGAUCCACUUUAUGAAAAUGCUCGCCUUGAGAAACCCCAGAAUCCUCUGUGUGUCCGUGCAGCCGGGCUUCGUCAUGAACACAAACUACUUCAGCUACUGGACCCGCUUACCCAUCAUUGGCAUUUUGUUCUGGUGCUUCUUCCAGCUUUUCGGCUACUUCUUCGGUGUCACUGUUGAGCAGGGCGCCGAUGCCUUGGUCGCUGGCGCCUUGGACCCGCAAUUGACCUUGGAGGAGCACAGCGGCGCCACUUUGGGCAAGGACGGCAAGAAGGUUUCCUGCUCGAGUGUUGCCGGCAACAUGGACUAUGCUGCACGUUCCUGGAUCUGGACCAUCCACCAGUUGGGCAAGCGGCACAUUGACCUCUAG